CUUCCGGUUUUAAAUUUGGCAGGUCCAAAAAAUGGACAUUGUCAGUCUUGAAGAAAUAAAUCAGUCAGACAUCAAAGAGAAUACAGAUGAUGCAAUAAGUAAAGAUAUAGAAAUCUGUAUCAGUCAGUUCACACAGACAUUAGAAGAAAACUUAGCAUCAUUUAUUGAUGUCACCACUUUAAUAGAUUACACUAAAAAGGGGAGACAACCAACAGAAAAGCCAAUAUUUAAAUGUGGAGAAUGUGGGAAAAUUUUCCAGAUGAAACACCAUUUACAGACCCACAUGAAAGUUCAUAUACCUGAGAAAUCUUUUAGUUGUGUUAAAUGUCAUAAAAAAUUCACCUUGAGUCAUCACUUACAACAACACAUCAGAGUACACACAGGUGAAAGACCAUACAAAUGUGAAGUGUGUGAGAAGGCAUUUAUUUCUAGUUCUAAUCUAAAACGUCAUCUAGAUACACAUGUGCAAAAAGUGGUUAAAAUGGAUGAUGACAAUAUGUACAUUACAGAGAAAGAACGUGAUUACAAAUGUCAAGUAUGUGACAAGGAAUUUGUACGGUAUGACCACCUGAGGAGACAUAUUCAAAUUCAUACAGGUGAUAUAAGAUUUACAUGUUCUGUGUGUGACAAAAAUUUUGGACGUAAAGAACACCUAACUAGACAUAUGAGAACACACAGUAAAUCUAAAUCACAUGUGUGUCCUAUAUGUAAACGUGGAUAUACUAGGAAAUAUGGUCUAGAAGCGCAUAUGGAAACUCACGAAGAGGAUGAGGACUCGGAGUAUGAAAGUUCUGAUGAAGAUGUUGAUCUUUUGGAGGAGGAAGUUGAUAUUGAAGAGGAGGACAUCGAUAUCAAAGAGGAGGACAUUGAUAUAAAAGAGGAAAAUAUUGCUACAAUAGAAAAUGGAAUGGAUAUUAAGCAAGAGAAAAUUAAUGUGAAAGAGGACAAACUAGAUGUUAAAGAGAGGGUAGUUGGUGUAAAGGAGGAGCAAAACUGUGAUUAAUCCUGUUUGUUAUAUAAUUAUUGUUAAAAUAAAUUCUACCUGUUAUAUUGAUUAUUUA